CGAGCAGAGGGAGCUCCGGAGCUGAGUGAGGAGGCAGAUCGUGUGCAUGGAGUAGAGUUCGAGUUUGCCAUAUGGCUGAGUGACUUAUUCUUCUCCUCUCCUUGCUUGAAGUCAACAAAGGAAAAGUCUAAAGAAUUGGGUAGCUGUGUAAUCUCACGUUUUGUCGCAUCAAGUAUGGACGCGGAGUCGUUACUUUCGCCUCGUAAUCCCCAUCGUUCUGUCCACAUUCGUAAAAAGCGAAAAUCAACAUCGUGUCAACCUCUCCAGCCGUCAUCGAAGGAGAACAUUCCCCCGUAUCUUCACAAUGCUGUGCAAAAGAAACGAAAGGUGCCUGAUUCCGGCCUGUCUGAAAGAAGCAUUCUAGCACGUUCACCACUGGACUCCAUCACCAAUGAGGCUCGCGUGCAGCCGGUUGCUGGUGUGUCACAUGCAACCUUGCCGCAAGAUUGGAGCCUUAAGAAUAGUGUUCGCUUUACAUCUACCAGCUCUUUUGCGUGGGCGGACAUGGUGAAGAGCGGACGGAGCAAUGAAACUGCGGCCGGUCUCACAGAUUUUGUUCGGCACUCUCACGCAGAGGAGACAGUGCCCGAAAUCGUUUCCGUUGACGAGGCGAGCUCCGACCUCCGUCGGACCAUUCAACGGCACACGAUGCUCUGGAUGCACCCUUCGUUGCCUUGGCUACAGCUCUUUCCGCGCACCCUGCUUGACGGCAAGAUUUCCGGCCAGGCUGCAUCGCCGUUGUCUGUGUCGAUGCUGCUACAACCGGUGAUGCAGACAGCGCUGCAAGAUGCCUGGCUGGAAAGCUUUACAUCAACGUAUCAACUGCUUCGCAAUGGUCACUCGCCCUACUUUUACGUCUGUGCUUCCCAAAUGACUCUGCUGUUCCGCUCCAAGUCCGAGAAAGCAGCGGGCCCGCCGAAAGUCGAAAUCCUGAUCUCACCGACGACAAAAGGUUUCCGUGAUGCUCUGACUUCUGAGGAUGUUUGCUUUUCCAUGCCCCUCCACUCUCAGCGAAGUGACCAGGACGCACCCGAGUCGCCAACCGGCUCGCCGAAGGAAAGCAAGUCUGAAUGGCUUGAGAGCAUUGGCCUGUCGGUGGACAACUUCCCGUCCUUGCAGGACCACCAUGUGUUCAUACAAGAAGCAAGAUCUCACCGACACGACUUCCGUCCGGAGUCACUCAUCCUCAUCGAAGGCUCGUCAAGCCAAGCUUUCUUCAACUACGUCCUGUGUAACAGCGGUCAGCUUGUUGCUAGCACCGGCUCUCAAACUGGCUUGCCACCGACAAUUCUUUGUCCGGUGGCGUUCUCCGGAGCAACACUACAUCCGCUCAAGGUGGAAGUGUCGACACUGCGAGUAGCGGGUCGUGACGGCUCGUCCACGCACCACAGCCUGGAAGUGAGUGGCGCCGUGCUGCCUCAUCACGUGCAGACACUGUGCGCAUUGCUGCAAGCGUGCCAGGGCGAUCUGCAUCUGACGACCAACGUGCACGAGCCGACUGCCGCGUUCAACUCACUGCCAGAUGGGCAGUCGGUCACCUUCCGGAAGGUCUCUGCUCGCGAGGGUGGUGACAUGCCCUGGACCGUGAUGCAGUGACUCUCUGAACAUAGAGCACUGUCUUCAUACCUGGCAUGCAUUCCUUUUCAAUGGAGACAUUCCCUAAUGGACUUGAGCAUCGUGCAACCGGUGUAGUAGGGGUAUUUAGUAUUUGCUAUUUGACAAUGGUGUUUCUCGGCUUGUUCUUCGACGUGCUUGCAUUGUUACAAUAUGUCAUGUUCUUGUUGCUGGUCUGACUUACUAAGUUGCUAGUGUUAGGUAUCUCUCAUUUUGCGAGUGGAUUAUCUAUUAUUUAUUGACCACCUGUAGCCUGUUGAACUGACUUAGGUUUUCACACUUUCUCUGCUCGUUCAUUGUUAAUUUUACAAUGAAUGAUAGAAAUACUAACAGAUAUCUGUCACCCUACACUUGCAAGCAUCUCGCUAUUUGCCUAUGCAUUCACGGCCUACAACCUCUCUUUUUACGCACAUCAGACAUGCACCUCCAAAUGUGGUGUGGUUGAUUCAAUUCUCUGAUUCCUGGUUGCACAAAGUCGCGCGGAGCACCCGCUGCAAAACACAAGCCAAA